ACCACGUGUGCGCCCUGCGCCACGCUUGCCGCAGCUUGAGAGCUUUCGCGUCGGGAGCUGAGUUCCUGGGCUGCGAUUCGGCGCUCGGAGCCCGGCUGGCCUGUGCCCGGUGGCCGCGCCUGUGCCCUGUCCCCAGCCGGGCCCCAGGCGCCAUGGCGUCCCGCGGGAGGAAGCGGAAGGCCGAGGCGGCGCUGGCCGCUGCGGCCGAGAAGCGGGAGAAGCCGGCCGGCGGCCAGGAGGGGGAAGUGGAGGGGCCGAGCGUCGUCAUCGAGCACUGCACGAGCUGACGAGUCUACGGGCGCAACGCCGCGGCCCUGAGCCAGGCGCUGCGCCUGCAGGCCCCCGAGCUGGCGGUGAAGGUGAACCCUGCCAGGCCGCGGAGGGGCAGCUUCGAGGUGACGCUGCUGCGCGCCGACGGCAGCAGCGCGGAGCUCUGGACGGGUCUUAAGAAGGGGCCCCCACGCAAACUCAAGUUUCCGGAGCCUCCCGUGGUGCUGGAGGAGCUGAAGAAGUACCUUUCGUAGGGAGGUGGGGCAGAAGGCGUCUCGCUGAGCCUCUGUUCCUGGUGAUAUUGGAACGUUUAUGACGGGACGUGGCCAAACUUCAGUCAUGUCCCUGAAGCUGUGGUUUCCUCCCCUCCAGAAACGAUGGUUCAGUUGUGAGGCAGUCCUCUAGUAAGACAUUGAAAAGUUCUUGGAUUUGGUUUAAUAAAAAUUAAAGGAUCUGAGUUGACAUAAA